AUGGCGUUCUUAAUUCUUACCGAAACCAGUGCUGGUUAUGCUCUUUUCAAGGCUAAAGACAAGAAAUUGUUGAAGAAGAAUGACCUUGCCGGUGAGAUGAGCACACCUGAGGGCGCUGCUGGACUAUUGAAGUUGAAGCAAUUCGCAAAGUUCGACAGUGCUGCUACUGCGCUAGAAGAAGUCACUGCAAUUGUAGAGAACAAGGUUUCGCCUAUGCUCUCAAAUCUUUUGGAAUCGGUCAAAGAUGAGAAGAAGGCUUCACUCGUUGUCGCUGACCCUAAAUUGGGAAUUGCCAUCAACAAGCUCCCUGGUCUCUCAUUCACCAUAAUAUCUGAUUCCAGCACCCAUGACCUGUACCGAGCGAUCCGCGAGCACCUCACCGCACUCAUUCCCGGUCUCACACCCUCAGAUAUCUCCACCAUGUCACUGGGUCUCUCCCACUCCCUGUCACGCCACAAGCUCAAGUUCAGCCCUGAUAAGGUCGACACCAUGAUCGUUCAGGCGAUCGCCCUUCUCGAUGAUCUCGAUAAAGAGCUCAACAUCUACGCUAUGCGUGUCAAGGAAUGGUACGGAUGGCAUUUCCCCGAAAUGGGCAAAAUCAUCAACGACAACUUGGCAUACGCCAAAGUAAUCAAGACCAUGGGCAUGAGAUCCUCGGCUUCCACAACCGAUCUCUCGGAGAUCCUCCCCGAGGAGAUUGAGACCGCCCUCAAGGCUGCCGCCGAGGUUUCUAUGGGCACUGAGAUCACCAAUGAGGAUUUGAACAACAUCACCCUUCUUGCUGAGCAGGUCAUCUCAUUCACCGAGUACAGACAGCAAUUGUCAUCCUAUUUGUCAGCCCGUAUGUCAGCUAUUGCACCCAAUUUGACUGUUCUUGUCGGAGAACUUGUCGGGGCUCGUCUCAUUGCCCACGCUGGUUCUCUGAUGAACCUUGCAAAAUCACCUGCCUCAACUGUCCAGAUUCUUGGUGCCGAGAAGGCGCUCUUCAGAGCGUUGAAAACUAAGCACGAUACCCCUAAGUAUGGUUUGAUCUACCACGCUUCCCUCAUUGGUCAAUCAACCGGAAAGAACAAGGGCAAGAUCGCCCGUAUGCUCGCAACUAAGACCACUCUUGGUCUGAGAGUUGACGCUCUCACCGAGGACAAGGAUGAGUCUGCUGCCCUCGGUCUUGCCAUGCGCGCCCAGGUUGAGAACCGUGUCCGCAAACUUGAGGGCAAGCCACUUGUUCCUCGAGGUGCGAAUGCCAAUGCUACUCCUGUUGGUGGCGCUAGGCAACCCGGCAAGUGGGAGAUCAAGGAGGCUAAGAAGUACAACCCUGACGCUGAUGCCGUUAUGGAGGAUGCACCAUCUGCCGCACAGGCUGUCGCCGAGGCUACUGUCAAGACCAUCAAAGACGAUGUUGAGAUGGACACUGACUCCGAGGACUCCGAGGAUGAGGCCGAAACAAAGAAGAAAAGCAAGAAGGACAAGAAAGGAAAGAAGAGGGAGGAGACGAUCGUUGCCGUUCUUCCUUCGGCACCUACCCCUGCUGCCGAGUCAUCGGAGGACGAGGAGACGGACGAGGAGGCAAAGAAGAAGGCUGAGAAGAAGGCAAAGAAGGAGGCAAAGAAGGAAAAGAAAGAUAAGAAAGAAGACAAGUCUAGUAAGAAGAGACGGAAAGAGGCUGAGACCGACGGCGAAGUCGACAAGAAGAAGAGUAAGAAGGACAAAGACGGGAAGAAGAAGAGCAAGUCGGAAUAA